UCUGAGUUUUUGCAUUUUGAGCAUGUCGAAUCCCUGUCUUGCUGCACUCGUGCGUCUCGGAGCCGCGGCCACUAUGACCAGCGCCCCCACGCUGCGUGCGACUGGCUCCGCUGUGCUUGCAACACGCGCAUUCGCAACCCUGGGCCGCAGUGUUGCUGCUGCACCCAGCUCGUCAACGCCAACCCUCGUUGCGCUCGCGGUUCGCCCGACCGCAGUUGGCCGCCUGCUGCCGCGCGACAACCCUGCGCAGGCCAUUGAUGUUGGCUCGUUCGUCUUCCACAAGUCUUCAGGUGUUCGCGCUGUUAUUGUGCGAAGUGAUCCUCAAUGCAAGCGUCGGGAGCUCUGGUGCCAACUCAACGGAAUUGAUCGUUUGACGCAUGGCCGAAAUCAGCCAUUCUACCUGGCGCUUCCCGACGCCCGUGACUGCUCGCCGCAAGAAUUGUCGUUCAUUUAUGUGCCCCACGAGAGCGUUAUUCCAUUUGCGUCCAACACGCCAAUCCAGCACCCGCUUGCUCCUUUUGUGAUUAAAUCAUUCGACAGCGUGCUUGGACGCUGCAUUCCAUGCGAUGGCGAGCUGCCUCGCGAUUAUGAGGAUUAGAAACUUUUCUCCCAUUCGUUGCAGGUCAAAAAUCUGAUUUUUUUUGCUUCGAGUUUCGUUAAUGCUUUUUGUUGGUUCUGGAGGUGUUGAAUGUUAUUGUGCGAAUUGUUAACAACUAGAAUGUAUUUUCCCGCUUUGAA